AGCGUCAGCGGCCCUGGACGCCUUACUGGGAGGGGGAAGGAACCUCGGGAUCUUGUAGGGUGAGACCUCCGGGAGGAGGUGGACGCGCUACCUAGGCAUCCCGGGGUUUUGAGGUGCAGAGACCAGGGAUGGAGGACUCAGGCUGCGGGGGACUGAGAGUGGCGAAUAAGAGGAUCGAGGGAGAUCGCAGCCGGCAGGGUCCCCCGGGAUGGGACUUCGGGACCCUAGACAAAGGUUCGGGGGCUUUCGCCGGGACCUCCACCGCGGGAGCGACGGGCCUCGCGGGACCGCCCGGAGCGCGAGGACGGGACCGGGGAACCGAGACGGAGGCAAAGUGGGAAGAAGGUGCAGGGCGCAGCGAGACGCCGGCGAGAAGGAAGAGGAGGCGAGAGGUGAACUGAGUUUGAUCCUGCGGCGGCGGCUACAAGCAUUUUUACCCCCUCCCUCUCUCUGCUCCCCUCGCAGCCUCCACUCCCCUUCCCUCGGACCCUUUCUCCUCCUCGGUUUCGGCUUGAGGUGCCAGGACCCCCGGCCGCAACCUCCCCUCCCCCGCCGCUCCGGUCCCCUCCCGCCAGCCCUCCCCUCCCCCGCCGCGGCGGGCACAGCCAAUCCCCCGAGCAGCCGCCAACAUGCUCUUUGAGGGCUUGGAGCUGGUGUCGGCGCUGGCCACCCUCGCCGCGUGCCUGGUGUCGGUGACGCUGCUGCUGGCCGUGUCGCAGCAGCUGUGGCAGCUACGCUGGGCUGCCACCCGCGACAAGAGCUGCAAACUGCCCAUCCCCAAGGGCUCCAUGGGCUUCCCGCUCAUCGGAGAGACCGGCCACUGGCUGCUACAGGGUUCCGGCUUCCAGUCGUCGCGGAGAGAGAAGUAUGGCAACGUGUUCAAGACGCACUUGUUGGGGCGGCCGCUGAUCCGGGUGACGGGCGCGGAGAACGUGCGCAAGAUCCUGAUGGGCGAGCACCAUCUCGUGAGCACCGAGUGGCCGCGCAGCACGCGCAUGCUGCUGGGUCCCAACACGGUGGCCAACUCCAUCGGCGACAUCCACCGUAACAAACGCAAGGUCUUCUCCAAGAUCUUCAGCCACGAGGCCCUGGAGAGUUACCUGCCCAAGAUCCAGCUGGUGAUCCAGGACACUCUGCGAGCCUGGAGCAGCCACCCCGAGGCCAUCAACGUGUACCAGGAGGCACAGAAGCUCACCUUCCGCAUGGCCAUCCGAGUGCUCCUGGGCUUCAGCAUCCCCGAGGAGGACCUCGGACACCUCUUCGAGGUUUUCCAGCAGUUCAUGGAGAACGUCUUCUCCCUGCCUGUCGACUUGCCCUUUAGCGGCUACCGGCGGGGCAUCCAGGCCCGGCAGAUCCUCCAGAAGGGGCUGGAGAAGGCUAUCCGGGAGAAGCUGCACUGCACCCAGGGCAAGGACUACUCAGACGCACUGGACAUCCUCAUCGAGAGCAGCAAGGAGCACGGCAAGGAGAUGAGCAUGCAGGAGCUGAAGGACGGGACCCUGGAGCUGAUCUUCGCAGCCUACGCCACCACGGCCAGCGCCAGCACCUCGCUCAUCAUGCAGCUGCUGAAGCACCCGGCCGUGCUGGAGAAGCUGCGGGAGGAGCUGCGCGCCCAGGGCAUCCUGCACAGCGGGGGCUGCCCCUGCGAGGGCGCGCUGCGCCUCGACACGCUCCGCGGGCUGCGCUACCUGGACUGCGUCAUCAAGGAGGUCCUGCGGCUCUUCACGCCCAUCUCCGGCGGCUACCGCACGGUGCUGCAGACCUUCGAGCUCGACGGCUUCCAGAUCCCCAAGGGCUGGAGCGUCAUGUACAGCAUCCGCGACACGCAUGACACGGCGCCGGUGUUCAAAGACGUGAGCCUGUUCGACCCCGAGCGCUUCAGCCAGGGGCGGAGCGAGGACAAGGACGGCCGCUUCCACUACCUGCCGUUCGGCGGCGGCGUCCGGACCUGCCUGGGCAAGCACCUGGCCAAGCUCUUCCUGAAGGUGCUGGCGGUGGAGCUGGCCAGCACCAGCCGCUUCGAGCUGGCCACGCGGACCUUCCCCCGCAUCACGCUGGUCCCCGUCCUGCACCCCGUGGACGGCCUCAGCGUCAAGUUCUUUGGCCUGGACUCCAACCAGAACAAGAUCCUGCCGGAGACGGAGGCCAUGCUGAGCGCCACGGUCUAAGCUGCCGCCCCCGCCGCCUCGCCCCCGCAGGCUGAGGUGUUGGGGGGCCGGGGUGGGCGGGUGGAAGGUAGAAACCUGUGUGGGGAGGGGGCCGGAGCCUGGAGGAGGAGGAGGAGCGGCCCCCCUAUUCCUUGCCCUCCUUUUUCCCCUGUCUCAGGCAACCCUUCCCGGAGACGGGGGCUCCCCUCCUGGCUCCGCUUCUUCCAGCCUCUCCGCAGUUCCCGCAGCUUAGCUCCUGGGAGAGGGCACAGCCGGCCGCCAGUGACAGUGUUACUUAGUGUCAGUCUGCUUGUGCUGCAGUGUUUGCCUGUGAUGUUCUCAAUUGGUCGUUUCCCUCCCUUUUUGAGGUCAAAUGGUUAGGAUGGGGGAGGGAAGGGAAACAGGGUGUGCCCACUUGGGCCCCUUCUUCAGCGUGGUCUCCCCCAAUCCCCAAAACAGCUUCGGGCUAAUAGAAGGCAAGUCAGUCUUGGCAGGGGCCGGGAGGCUGCAGCCAGUUUGGACAUUUGAAAUUACCUAUUGCUGCUACUUUUUCUCUUCCUGACCUUGGGGCCAGGAGCCCCAGGCCCUGUCCGCCCAGCAACCUCUUGGAGGCCCUGGGGCCCAGGCACUGAUAUCCUCCUCCCCCCCGGGGCCUGGAGUCAUGCCCUGGGCUCAUGGGCUACUGUCCACUCUCCCCAUAUUUAUUCACUGGUGUGACCAUAUCUUAGCAUUACUGGGGUCUGGAGCAAGCAUCUCCCCUGUACCCCAACCUCUGUCCCAGCUGUCCCAGGCAGAACUUGAGUGAGUAAAGAGGAAGACGUCACCGCUCUGCCUGGAAGUGGUCCCUGGGCCAGGGCUGAACCGCUUUCCCAGGGUCCAGAGUGAUUUGGGUCUAACCUCACAGCCUCACUCCCAGGUUGAAAUCGGAGCCUCCGUGUCUUUUCCCCUGGCAGCGAUGGGGAAAUGGCCCAUUGCCUCCCUCCCCCUUCUGUUAAAAACCAGAGAAUCUUGUGGAGGCUGCCAUGGUUUCCUGCUUGGCCACUGCUCACCCCAGUGCCCCCCUCCCCCGCCCCCGCUCCAGCCAGUGAGUCUGGGGAAGGAUACGGGUUCUGUGUUCUGACGGGGAGUGAGGGCCCCAUCUUCCCUUCCUCAACCCUCGUCCUUUGCCCUUAGCCCUUUGAAAGGUGUCCUUGAAGUCCCUUCCCACCUCGGUGCCACUGUCUGCUUAGCCCCGAGCGGGGGUGGGGUGGGAGUGGGGAUGAGAUGAAAGCCAGGGGGAGGUGAGCGCGGAAGGCGGCCCUCCCUCCAGCAGCUGCAGGGGAGGCUGCGCCGGCCAGGGAGGAGGAGGGUAUGUGUAGUUGGGUCAGAAGUGAUUUGUUUGAAAACUGGCCAGUCAGGGGAUGACCCAGGGAGGGGGGGAGGAGUCCUCCUGUCACUGGCAUUUGGAGUGUUGGCAAUUUGGGGCGCCUCCCGGGGAUGGUUUGGGGGCCUUUGCUGAGUCUCUAGGCAGUUUUGUCUGUUUUCAGGUUUGUAUCUGCUUUCCUUGUUCCCUGUUGGUUUGGGAUGGUCUAAGAGUAAUGACUUCUCUUUAGAAGAAAAUCAGAAACACCCGGAAUGAGAGAAAAGUCUGCGCUGACCCUCCUGCUUGCAGCUCCGCGGGCCCCUCCGGGCGGCCACUGAUGCGGAUUCUCAUGCUUGUUCCCUACUUUUUCACUAUUAAAAGUCAGCGCUGGACAGACCUUAUUGAUCAAAAGAAUUUGAAACUUAAAAAAAAAAAAAUGAGUGAAAUUCCCCCAAUCCCCUCCAAAUUCUGGAAGACAGACAAAAAUGUGGGAAGGCUCACCAAAGCUUGCAAAAGAGCUCCACGAAGCACCAGAACUUGUGACUUACAAAGAAGCCCGUGUCUGGAGGGUUUAUUCUCCUUUAAGCCGACCCAGUGGUUGGUGACCGGGUAUCUGGGAGUGGAGUGAAGGAGACCCCAGACAGGAAGUCACCUGGCCUGGCCCUGGCAGGGCGUGGGGGCCUGGGGGGGCCAGCCUGGGAGGGGGCGGAGGAGGGAAGCAGAGGGCGAAUCCCUGUGAGGGGGGAAGGGAGGGGCAUUUGCCCCACUCGGUCUCGAAGGCAAAGAAAGAGAAGAGAACCGAGGAAAGCUCUUGACUGGCUGACAGAGGAGCCCCACGUUGCACUGCACCCCCACCCCCCUAGAUAGCUAUCGCGACAUCGUGUCUGUGUGCGCAUCUGUGUGUGUUUCAUAGAGGUAGCGUUAGAUGGGUGACGUCUUCUCACUUACCAUUCCUAACUAUUGUAACUUGACUAAUUAAAAAAAGGAAAACCCCACAAAACUUUUCCACCACGAGCUUCCAGAUUGAAGCACUUUUGAUGUUGGGCGCUGGCGUUUGUGUUCUGGGCACCCACCCUGCCCCUGCCCAGAUGGCUGUAAUAUUAUUUUAUACACAAGACUUUUUUUUUUUCAUAAAUGUUAUAAUUUUGUGUCUGUCUUUAUAAACUAUUAUAAGUACUAUUUUUGUUAUAAUUCAAAAUAGAUAUUUAGUAUAAAGUUUCUGCUGUUAAAUAUUUGUUAUUUAGUAAAAUAUGGAUUUGUUUUCUUUAUUGUAAACUUGGUUCAAAAUAAUAUGUUUUUAUCACAGUUGUUUUAAUAUUGAAAAAGCAUUUGUGCAUUUUGUUUUGAUAUAUGAAACUGGUGCCGUGUUUGCUGUCAUGUGGUUUUUAAUCUGUAUAUAAUAUUCCAUGUUGCAUAUUAAAAAAAAAAUGAAUGUUGUGCAUUUUGUGAUUUUGGAAAUACUCAAUGUGGCUUUUUUAUAGGCUUCCAUAAUAAAGCGUGGGGACUCGC